AACAGCUUCAGUUUUCAGAAGCUAAUCCCAGCAAUUUGCUGUGCCCGUCCCUCCGAUGGCUGACAAGAGCAAGCAGAGAGAAAGAUGCCAGAUACAAUUGGGGCCUGGCUCCAUUCCCGACCACCCUGUUGGAUCGAAAUUUGUUCAGGAUCUAAAGUGCGCCCUUGAUCAGCAGGACCAGGAACGGGUGAGCCACCUCCUUCAGCAUUAUGUUAAAUGCGUGGAUGCCAUCAUCGAACUUUCCAAUGAUGACUGGAUGAAGGAUCCAUCUGCCCAACUGGACCCUCUCAUUUUGCUCGGUCAGCAGUUGCUUCUCAAGGUCAUGGUCAGUGAGUAUCGUGAAGAUGUCAACAUGGUCUUCGAGGUCCGCAGCAAGGAAAUGGAGUGGCAGGCAAAACCGGUGGCCCUGGGGGUUUCAGGUCUCUGGUCUCUGGAGUACAAGCAAGAGCUGACCAGCCCCCUGUGCAUCGCUGCAGGACAUGGCUACACCGACUGCCUGCAGUACCUGCUCCAACGAGGGGCCAAGCCCAACAUGAUUGUGGGGACCAAAAAUGCCCUCCAUGCAGCCUGUGAGAAUGCACACACGGAGUGUACACAGCAGCUGCUAGAACACGGGGCUAACCCCAGACUGCUGACAGAGGACGGACUGUCAGCCCUGCACCUCUGCAACACCGCGCAGACCUUUCGGUGUGCAAAGCUGCUGCUGAAGUACCGUGCAGAUGUCAACCAGUUGUCCGAGGAUCUGGAGAGCCCCUUGCAUGUGGCAGCCAAGCAGGGCCUUCACAAUCACGUCCACCUCUAUCUAAGAUACGGGGCCACGGUGAACACCAUGAAUGGCCUCCGGGAAUCCCCGCUGGGCUGCGCCUGCAGCAGUGCGUGGAGCCUGGAGAGUCAGGAGGACUACCUCCGAGUGUGCCAGGUCCUCAUCUUGAGUGGCGCCGACGUGAACUCUGUGGAUGAUGAGAACCGCAGCCCACUGCACAAGGCCUCCAAGAAUGCCAGCUUCCAGCUGGUCCAGCUGCUGCUGAAACACAAGGCAGAUGUCAAUGCCAUUGACUACAAUGGGUGCUCACCCCUCGCCAACGUGAUCCAGACAGCACCUUUCAAGGGAGAACUGAAUCCCCACCACACCGUCCAAACCCUACUCAACCAUGGCUCCCAAAGGGUGUGGCCUGCUGCCUUCCCCAAGGUGCUGAAAAGCUGUGCAGAUUCUCCCAAGACAAUCGAAGUUUUGUUUAAUUCAUAUCAACAAAUCCAGGUGACUGAAGAAUGGAUGGAGGCUGUCCCAGAAGAGUUAUUCCAGCUUCACCGGCCGUUCUAUGAGUCUCUCUUUGCUCUGGCCUGCAGUCCCCGCUCCUUGCAGCACCUGUGCCGCUUCGCUGCCCGGAAACUGUUUGGUGCCCAAUGCCACGCCCUCAUCCCCAGGCUGCCAAUGCCAAAGUGCUUGCGUGCAUACCUACUCUUGGAGCCAGAGGGCUUGGUGUGUUAAUGUCCUGCAUUGGUGAAGCAUUCUUCCAUCAUCCGUUUCAAUACAAAACAUUGCACCAACCGCAAAGUGUUUAAAGGACCGUCUGGAGUCUCCAACAUUGGAACCGGAACAAAAAGGGUUAAGUUAUACCAACAAAGUUGCGCAGGCUAGACUUGUAUUCCCUUCAGUAUAUGACAAUUAUGGGGUGAUCUAAUUUAGGUGCUUAAGAUGAUUAAGGGAGUUGAUAUCGCCCCCUGGUGAGUGACUCCAGAACAAUGGGUCACAGACACAAAAUCAGAACCAUGG